CACUUCCCCGCCGGGCGCAGCCGGGGACGCACCCACGGGAGACGGCGGCGAAGGGAAAGAGGGAGGAACGGGGGAGGGAGCGCCGGCCCCGCACGGCCUGGGGACAGUGGUGGUAGUUUUCAUUUUUGUCUGGUGCUUUUUUUUUUUCCCUAUAAACUUUAUUCUAUUUUAUUAUUAUUAUUAUUAUUCUGAUUUUCCUGGGAUUUCCCUGCAUGGUCUGAGCGCAGCUUCAUGCCCACCCGGCCAUGCCCGGCUCCGCUCCCGGCCCGCUGCCAUGUGAGUACCGGUGCCUCUGAGUGAGCGCUUCGGCAACGUCGGGGCGCAGCCGGCCGGGCCCUGAGCAGCCGCCGCCGCCGAGGACGGAACAUGUAUCAGGGCCUGGCCCUCGCCCCCAACCAUGGCCAGUCGGCUUAUUCCCACGACUCCGGCAAUUUCCUGCACUCGUCGGCCGGCUCGCCCGUCUACGUGCCCACCACCCGGGUGCCCUCCGUGCUGCAGACGCUGCCCUACCUGCAAAGCUGCGAGCCGCACCAGAGCCACCUCGGCAACCCCCCGGGCUGGGCGCAGAGCAGCGGCGAAACCACCGCCUUCAACGCCGGCAGCCCGCACCCGCCGUCGGGUUUCUCGUACCCCCACAGCCCCCCGGGCAGCAGCCCCCCGGGGCGUGACGGUGCCUACCAGGGGCCCCUGCUGCUGGGCGGCGGGGGCCGGGAGCAGUACGGCAACGCUUUGGUGCGCUCGGUUAACGGGUCCUACUCCAGCCCCUACCCCGCCUACGUGACCCCCGAGCUACCGCCUUCGUGGACGGCCGGACACUUUGAGAGCAGCGUGCUGCACAGCCUGCAGACGAGGCAGGCGGCCCUGCCCGGCCGCAGGUCAACCUUCGAGUAUUUGGAGGAGUUCCCCGGGGAUGGUCGGGAGUGCGUGAACUGCGGGGCCAUGUCCACACCGCUCUGGAGGAAGGACGGCACCGGGCACUACCUGUGCAACGCCUGUGGGCUCUACCACAAAAUGAACGGCAUCAACCGGCCACUCAAACCCCAGAAGAGGCUGUCUUCAUCGAGACGUGCUGGCCUAUGUUGCACUAACUGCCACACAACCAACACCACCCUCUGGAGAAGGAACGCCGAAGGGGAGCCCGUCUGCAACGCCUGCGGCUUGUACAUGAAGCUCCAUGGGGUACCAAGACCUCUGGCCAUGAAAAAGGAAAGCAUCCAGACAAGGAAAAGGAAGCCGAAAAACAUUACCAAAGGCAAAACCUCAACAGGGUCCACCACUUCGGCCACGAACUCCCCUUCUUCCAUUACGAACUCAGACAGCACGGUCACUUUAAAGUCAGAGCCCAGCACAACCUCACAGUACCCCGGACAAGGCAUUGUGUCGGUGUCCCAGGCACAGAGCCAGUCAGACGAGGCGCUGGCCGGCGGCGAGUUCAAAUUCGAGCCGGAGGACUACCCCUUUUCUCCCAGCAGCAUGGCCCCGCAGCCAGGGCUGAGCGUGCCACUGCGGCAGGACUCGUGGUGUGCCCUGGCGCUCGCCUAGAACCCCUCGUGCCUGCAGCCUGGCUUACCAUGGGACGGGCUUCUCUUGGAGGAUGUGGGAGGAAGACGCCGGCUAGAUGGGGUGCCCAGAGAGCCUCUCCUCAUCCAAGGAGACCCAGGGUGGCCUCCCUGAGGCUGCCUGUUUUCCCCCAGAAAGCCGUCCUCCUUUGAGAUGCAACCAGCAAAUAAACGCAUCCCAGAAUCUAUGUUUAUUCGCAGUGAUUUCUCCCUCCUAUGACUCCUCUGUGUGCAAUUUAUUCCACUUUCCAAUAAAGACUGUAAUAACGUGGCACCGAAUAACUUAAUUUUAUUAAAAUGUAAACUGUGUGGCCUCCCUUCUGUUUUAUUGGCCACAACAGGGAGAAGGAAAAAGAAAAGAAAAAAAAAAGCAAUGGUUGUUUUAAACAUUUACUGUUUUAUAUUAAAAACGAACAUCUCUAUGGAGUGUUAGCUUCUGAAGCGUUCAGUGUACCAACACCGAGCUGAUGAGUCAGACAUGAAAUAAACACACCGCUCUUCCUUUCCCAGCUCCAAACAAGGAUUUCUUUUAUUAUUAUUUUAGGCAAACCACAUGACAAGAAUGGUCAAAACCACCCAAAUAAUAAAAGAGUUCCAAAAUGCU